UUCAAAAAAUAAAAAAAAAUAAAAGGAAAAGUUUUUAUUUUUUUAGACUUUAUAUUAGUUUUCUUAGAGUAUAGUGAACAUUUCACCAUUCAUUUGCCUGGCUCUCUCCAUCGUGUCUCCUCUCCCUGAAGAAACUUGUGUGUGUUGGUCCCGCUCCUUCUAUCCACCGAAAUCACAGCCUGGCCCCCUCCUUCUUCUUUAUCAUAAGGUUAUUUAAUGUUGGUGCCUGGGAUGAGAGCUCCACUUGCACAACUUUAUCUUUGCUUGAUUAAAGAUGGGAAGGGUUAAACUAAAAAUAAAAAGGUUAGAGGGCUAUAGCAACAGGCAAGUUACAUAUUCGAAACGCAGAACUGGAAUCUUGAAGAAAGCUAAGGAAUUGUCAAUAUUAUGUGACAUUCAUAUUAUCCUUCUCAUGUUUUCUCCAACUGGAAAGCCUACUCUAUUCCUUGGAGAGCGCAGCAAUAUUGAAGAGGUUAUUGAAAAAUUCGCACAAUUAACGCCACAAGAAAGGGCAAAAAGGAAGCUGGAGAGCCUUGAAGCACUGAAGAAAACCUUUCAAAAGUUGGAUCAUGAUGUAAACAUACAGAACUUUCUAGGUGCAACCAGUCAAUCUGUUGAGGAAAUGACCAAUGAAGUAUCAAUGUUGGAAGCUCACCUUACUGAAGUACAUAAGAGACUGAGCUACUGGAGUAAUCCAGAUAAAAUUGACAACAUAGAACAUCUUACGCAGAUGGAAGAUUCACUAAGGGAAUCCAUUGAGCGUAUCCGGAUACACAAGGGAAAUUUUGGAAAGCAUCAUCUUAUGUCUUUAGAAUGCGCCAACCAGGUGUUUCAGAAUGGGAUACCUAUGCCUAUAAUGAUUGGUGGGGUGCAAGAAGCCCAACCCAUUACAUGGCUUCCCAACAAUGAAAAUCAACAAAUGUUAUUGCAUAAUGAACCAAAAUUUCUACCUCAUCGAGAUACAGAGUGCUCUGUAAAUGGUUCCCUUGCAUGCUCUUCUGGCUACUUUGGCUCUGGUAAACAAACAGAGAUUGGCAAUUCAGGACAAGUUGAUAAUGUGGUACAGGAAAAUAAUGCCCUAAAUGAGUUAGGGAGUAAUGCUUGGAUGAAUUUACAACUUGGUGAACAAUAUUUGUACCCGCCGUAUGUUGCAUCAAAUUUGCUAGAUAAUGAGAAGUUGAGGCCAGAGAUGGAGGUGAACUUACAAGAAAAUCCUGCGAUUUACCAAGUUAUUAGUAACUUUGAAAUCCCUAGACCUAUGUAUAAUAGUGGGCAUCAAGCAUGAGUAUCUUCUUCUGGCCCUUGUGGCAUUACGAUGUUUGAUGGGAAUUCUUACCAUCAGCAAACUAAAUCGACUUUAUCAGACACCUCCAUCUGGUCAAUGUCAUAAUUUGUACCUGAAGGACGCACAAAUGUGCAUCAGAAUCUGACCAUUUCCUGAUUGUGGCCAUUUCGUGUGAUGGAAUUGGUCCAAUAAUGGAAUUAAUAGGUGAAACAUGCAGCUCAUGAAGCCCUGCUCAAGAGGACUAUUAUCAUCUGGUCAAUUUUUUUCUGCUGAACAUGUUUCUUGUAUAUGUCUACAAACUGUGUAACUCAUGCAGGAUUACCACCUUCUGUCUAUCAACUCUUUUUCUUUUUUCCUUUUUCGUUUUCAGGGGGAUGGGUUUUGAAAAUACUUCCCAAUCCCCCAAGUUGUACGCGUACAAUACUCCUGUAGAAAAUCACCUUGACUAUUAGUAUUAUUAGUUUCAAUUCAAAUCAUGGUCUUCCGAGAGAUUGUUAUUUUGUUGUU